AUGUCGCCACCGGAGCACGACGGGGCUGCACAGGCCCCGAAGCAUCGUGCCUGUGAUGAGUGCCGUGCCCGGAAGCUGGCCUGCUCCAAGGAGGCCGAUGGGUGCGCCCGGUGCAAGCGCGAGGGCAUGGUCUGCCACUACUCUCCCCAGAAGCAGAUGGGCCGUCCGCGCAAACGGCCGCGGGACGAGACGAACGACGCCGCCGCCUCCGUCAACCACGCGAGCAAGACACCCAUGUUAGAAGUCCCACCAGACACACAGGAUCCGGGACUCGCGUUUCUCAGUUUCCUCACGGGAGGCGACCUGAACCUUGAUUUUGACCCAAGCCUCCCACUUGAUCUCCCAGACCCGCCUCAGCACGAGAAAUCGGAUUGGACCUUUGGGUAUACGGGCAACGACUUUGGCCAGUUGAACUUUGAUGCCUCCGCCGAGCACACGCCAUCGUACUCUACUUCCAAUAUCGACCCGGCCUUGUUCGGCGCCUCAAAUCCUCCGUCGGAGGCAGCAGUGCCCCAUUUAUCAUCUGGCCAGUCAAGCUCGCCCGAGAGCAACGCGAGUCCACCGAGUCUCGGCCCAGCCAACUGUGCAUGCUCUUCUAGUCUGUAUCUUGCCCUUGACUCAAUGCAGAAGCUACCGGACGACGUUACAGAGGCUGUACGGAAGGCUCGUCUUGCGACCAAGACUGCGUAUGAGGUUGUCAAUUGUCCCGCAUGUUCCGUCCCUUCGGACUCACUUGCGCCUCAUGCGGCUGUCAACCCACAAGCUAUGCACAGCUUCCAGCUGCUGAUGCUCCUUUCGACCUUGAUCCCUAGUGUCGUCCAUGCGUAUGAGCGCAUCCUACACAUGGUCAACCAAGAAACCGCCAAAGCACAAGCUGAGCGCCGUGAAAUCCCGUUCACCCUGGCUGGAUAUGGUGGCAUUUGGGGACCCCUGGGUUCCGACGACGCCUGCGGGACGAAAGAGAUGCUCAAUAACAGGAUGAUGGAGCCAAAUAUGUGGCGCCUGACCGUCAGGGCGCUCCUGCGAGUUGACGUAUACGGCUUGUCUGAGUGCAAAGACUCUGGAUCCGAGAUGUUCCAUCUUGGUCUCAAAGACAUCGUGACGCAGAUGGAGAACCGAUCCAAGGCAAGACAUGCCAUAAUGGACCCCAUGAUCAUGGCGGGCACAUGGGAGGACCAGAAAUGUGUACUAAAAAUGCACAAGACCGGCGAAACACCCACAUGUCAGAGAAUCAUACAGAUUGCCAAGUCCUCCUUAGACAACCUGGUCAUUGCCUAA